UGUGUCCUGUUUAUUAUUUUACCUAGAGACAGCGAUACUAAAUAAUACAAAUAGUGCAAUGAGUGUAUAAAUGAGGCGUUUUAUUGGUUAGUGAGAUGUUUAGUUCACGAGCGCAGCUCAGAAUUAGCCUUUGCCGUAUUUUCAUCAUAUAUAAGAACACCCUGUGUAUAUUACGAACUAUUAUUUGACGGGUGUGGCAACACUGUACCUGCUACUUUUGUAAAAGUUGUAAAAAAAAUAUUUGUUUGGUUAGGUGUUACGUUUGAAACGCAUUUACAAUGAAUAUAUUAAAUAAAAGUUCUUUUAUAAUUAACAAAACAGUUCUACUGGCAAGGUUUGCGACGCUAAAACCCGCAAACGAAAUUAAGCAAUUAGUCGACAAAAACAAAGUGGUAGUUUUCAUGAAGGGAGUACCGGAAGAACCGCGAUGCGGUUUUAGCAAUGCAGUUGUCCAAAUCUUACGAAUGCACGGUGUCACAUACGACUCUUACGAUGUUUUACAGGACGACGCUUUGAGACAAGGAAUCAAAGAGUAUUCGAAAUGGCCAACUAUACCUCAAGUUUUUAUAAACGGAGAGUUAAUCGGAGGUUGUGAUAUUAUGCUAAAUAUGCACCAAUCCGGCGAUCUUAUUGAGGAACUACAGAAGGCUGGCAUCAAAAGUGCAUUGCUCGAACAGAAAGAUAAGAAAGAAAAAAAUUAGUACAUAGAUUUGUAUUUCCUGUUGUUUAUUUAUUGGUUUCUUUUAGGUGAAAUAAAUCUUUAAUCUUUACGAGUAAUUCUCCAUGAUUAUUUGUACUUGUUAUGUUGAAUACUUUGUUUUUAAAAUCACUGUUUUCAGGUUGCGAUUCUAAUAUCUGUUGAAAACCAAGGAAAAACAAGUUGUCGGCUUCAUCUUUCUGCUUUCUUCGUGCUGGUUGUGGCUUGGCAUUGUUUUUACUUUUGUUUCCAUUCUCCGACAUAUUUCUAAAACAAAUUUCAGUUCACUAAUUCAACUUACAUAGGUAUAUAGCCAUGAUAGCAUACGUUUUAAUUUAAUUCAUAUUUUGGAACUAUGUAUAGUACUUUUAUGGACAAUUAUGAAUUAGGUAUAAAAGUGUAAUUGCGAUUUAAUCAGUUUGCUUAGUAAUAUGAUCUCAAAGUUGCUUGAAGUAAACAGAGAACAAUUGUAUAUUCGCUGUGAUAAAAGACUGACUGGUCAUUUAUUGUUUUAUAAUUUUCACCAAUUGAGUUGAUGAAUAAAGACGAGAAUAAAGAUAUAUUCUCAUUGGUAUAUUAUAAAUGCAUUACUCUCAAACAACGAACACAUCAAAAACCUUCAACUAUGAACUAUGAUGAACCAGUCGUUCUUUGAAUCAAUUAUAAAUUUUACUAUAAACAUCGAGAUAAUGUUGAUUUAAUUUAAAAUAAAGAUGGUUUGCCUGGUUUCACAAAAUGAUAUGUUACAAUGCUAAACACCUUACCUAAUAAGCAAAGGUGGUCUAACAUUCUAAUAUUUUUAAUGAUGGAUCAACCUUAAUCCGAGUUUGUGAAACCAGAUAUAUGUGUAUCGUAGAUACACUAAGCUUUG